CUUUGGAAGAGUCUACACCUGGACUCAGCCUGUGAAUCACCACAUCCCAGACAGUCAUCUUUACUUAUUCUGCGUGAAGAGCCGGAUCCACUACUCUUAGCCGGGACGCAGCCUUAUAGUCUUCAUCAUAAGGCAGAUUUGCUCCCACCUGCAAAGCUCGCAGAGCGUGUCUGCUUGGAAGCGACGAGGCCGGUGCGCGACGUUCAGCGUGCUGCAUCCGAAUCUCUGGCGUUUUGCUUGGCUGGUAGACAACCAACGCCAACUCACCUCGCUAUCUUGCUUGACUGGAUCAUCGCAUUAUACCGACGCAUGUUGAAGCGGGAUCCUGCCAUUAAAGACAAUCUUGACAGGAUCUUAAAGCCUGCUUCGCCUGACUGCUGGCGUCAACGCGUCGGUCUAGCUGGCUGUCUAGGCGCUUUGGCCGAGUGGGCUAUCCUUAUGGGUAGAAAUGCAAGUGCUAUCCCAAAUUCGGAAGCCGUCUCGUCUGCUGUGGACGAUGAAUUGGCCGAUCGCCCUGUAACUGCAGAGUUUGGUACAAGUUCAGGUGGUGAAGGAGGCCACGCCGCUGUCGGGGGGCCAUGGUUGUUAAUGUUAUUUAAUUUCUUUGUACCGGAGGGUCUUAACGACCGUCACUCUGCCGUUCAAUCAGCCAUGUUACAAGCUGCAUUGAUUUUGCACAAGUCAGAUACAUUUCUUUAUUAA